AUGGCGGCAGGAGACACGCUGGGAAACGGCCGGAAGCGGGAGGCGGGAGGCCGCGACUCGAGGACGGCGCUGUGGGCUGCAGUCAGCGAGGGCGCCGGUGUGUCUGGUGUUGAUAAAGACGAAGUGUCAUUGAUGGAGGGAGAUUCAGUCACUCUACACACUGGUGUUCUGACAAACCAACAAGAAAAGAUUAAAUGGUAUUUUAAUGACAUUCGUAUUGCUCAAAUCACUGUAGAUCAGAGUAAGAUCUGUACAGAUGUUCAGUGUAAAGGUGGUGAUGAGAGAUUCAGAGGCAGACUGAAGCUGGACAAACGGACUGGAUCUCUGACCAUCAUGAACCUCAGGACAUCAGAUGCUGGACUUUAUAAACUACAGAUCAUCAACAGCAGAAUCAGCAUCACGAAGAGAUUCACUGUCACUGUUGCUAGUGCAUCUGGUGUUGGUACAGAUGAAGUGCCAGUGAAUGUGAAUGAGGGAGAUUCAGUCACUCUACACACUGGUGUUCAAACAAACCAACAAGAGAAGAUUAAAUGGUAUUUUAGUGACACUCGUAUCGCUCAAAUCAUUGGAGAUCUCAGUAAAGUCUGUACAGAUGUUCAGUGUAAUGAAGGUACUGAGAGAUUCAGAGACAGACUGAAGCUGGAUCACCAGACUGGAUCUCUGACCAUCAUAAACAUCACAAACACAGACUCUGGACUUUAUCAACUAGAGAUCAUCAGCACCAGGAUCAGCAUCAUGAAAAGAUUCCGUGUUUUUGUUAAUGAACAAGAUAAAAUGAAGAGAAAAUCAGUGAAGGAAGGAGAAUCUGUUACUUUAGAUCCUGGCAAAAUAAAAACAACAAAUGAUUCAAUGAGAUGGUAUUUUAAUGACACUCUCAUCGCCAAAAUCACUGGAGAUCAGAGUAAGAUCUCUACAGAUGUUCAGUGUAAUGAGAGAUUCAGAGACAGACUGAAGCUGGAUCAUCAGACUGGAUCUCUGACCAUCAUGAACACCAGAAACACAGAUGAUGGAGAAUAUAAAGUACUGAUCAACAACAUCAGAUUCAGCAUCAUAAAGAGCUUCAGUGUUUCUGUCAUUGGUGCUCACGCCCCUGCUGUAGCAGGAAUAUAUGCUGCUGUUGGUGUUGGUGCUGCUGUUGUUGGUGUUAGUGUCCUUGUUGCAGCUGGUUUAACUUACUAUCGCAUACACCAAGCAAGAAGGAAUGGCAGCAGUAGGGAGCAAGGCCUUCAGGAGAUUGAUGCAGAUCGCUCACUCCUUAAUCAGAGUAACUCUCAAUCGCCGAAUAUGAUGUCCCCUAAUCCGUCUUUGUCUGAGGCUGCCAAUGAAACACCACAGUAACAUUAUUAUACUGGCUUGAGUAAUCCAAAAUUCUGAUCUACUACAUUAUUUUCACAUUGUGGAUGGAGAAAACAGAGGUAUUUGAAAAUGAUGAAGCUUGUUUAGUUAUGUGACGCAUAUUGUACCCAUAGACAUAGUUAUACCGGCAUUGUUGUGCCUGUUAUUUACAUUAACAAUAUUGCUCAAGAUAAAUGCUCCUUUGCAAAGAUGACAUUGAAUUUACUCACAUUUGCUGUCCUGGAUGGCAAAAUAUGAUGACAGUUGUGUUUUAAACUUCGGGAAAAAAUAGCUUGAAAACUAGUGUGGAUAAGGAGCGUUUUUAAUUGAAAACUCAGUUUUUCUUUGGAUUACUGUAGUGUAGACAUAGCCUAAGCUGCCAUUCUGUGUAAAAUUUCUAAGCCAUUGAGACUCAUUUAAAGGGCAUAUUGCAGGUUAGAGCUUCAGUGAUUCAAUAUAUAGAAAAAUAAUGUAGGAAAUAGAUUUUCUUGAAAAAACACGUAUAAAUACGCUACAUAGGCUUCUGGAGUCAUUUUUUGUGAGAAAAUUUUACUUCCGCAUCUGAAAAAUGCCAAAUCGGAAGUGACGUAACGGGAGGGAGUGCGAUCAAUAUAAACAAUAGGAAAACAAUGGCUCGCAAUGACAGUUCAGAUGCUGAGGAAAUUGUACAUUUUUAUUCAUACUCAUAUAACAAACCAUAACCAUACAGUUAGCCUGCUAUGUGGUCAAGAGAGCAGCGACAGGCCAGAAUUAGACACAACAACAGUCAAAACAGACAAAUUGAGCUGUGGUGUGAGGAGAACCAGUGGAGAACAGGGUAGGAGAGGUGUUAGCUUAUAGAUAUACACGUUAGCUAACAAUAUGUAACACUGUUCUCAAAUCACAGUAUUGUACAGAUUAUUAUCAUGAAUCAGGCAACAGCUUUUAGUCAUCAAG